UCAGAAAGAGAGAGAUCAGCAGAGCUGAGAGGGGGAGGCACUGAGGAGAGAACGCACACACUUUCACCAACUCUUAGACACAUGCACUCACUCACACAGACAGACAAGUGGCCUAUUGUACACACACACACACACACACACACACACACAUACAGUUGUUGAUCACUGAAGGACACUUUCACAAACACGCACACUCUUGACUGGACGCCGGACUGACCGCUUGAGGAUACAUCCCCCUCAGGACUCCGUUUCCCAUCAUGCACCAGCGGAGCUUCUCAGAGCUCCAGGGGUUCUCCACCCAGUUGGGGGCCUCGACCCAAUGGACUAAGCAGGAUCGAGCCUUCAGGAGCUCCAGGAUGAGUGGGGCGUCCACGUGCCGCGGCGUCUGCCCGCCGAGGGGAGCCCCUCUCCGGGCAAGGUGGCUGGUGCUGCUGCUGGGCUCCUUGUUGGUUCCUGGAGCCUGGAGCUUUCUGAACGAGGAGCAAGAGGAGCUGCUGGUGGAGCUUCACAACCACUACAGAGGACAGGUUUCGCCCAGCGCCUCAGCCAUGAUGCCGCUGAGAUGGGACCCGAGCCUGAAGCUGAUCGCAGAGGGCCACGCUGCCAAAUGUAUCUGGAACCACAACCCAGAGCUGGAGGACACCGGGGAGAACCUGUUCGCCGGCACCGGGUCUCUGGACCUCAGAGAGGCUCUGGAGAAAUGGUUCCUGGAAAAUCUGGACUACGAAUUUCAAAACAACAGCUGUGACGAAGACAAGAUGUGUGGACACUAUACACAGAUGGUGUGGGCAGACACACACAGAGUCGGCUGUGCCUUCCAUCUCUGUAACAAUAUGGACGGACUGGAGUGGGAGAGGGUCUCCUUCCUCGUCUGCAACUACUACCCAGCAGGGAACUACGAAGACGAGAGGCCGUACGUUGAAGGCGACUGGUGCUCCAGAUGUCCUGAAAACCUGCAGAAGUGUGAAAACAACCUCUGCGUUGCCGACUCUGUGGAGGAUGAAGAUGAUGAUGAGGAUGAAGACGACGACGACGACGCAGACUGGGCGACAGUUGUUCCUCCUCCAGCGACAUCCGAUCCCUCCAUUCACCCUGAAGGGCAGGGGGAUGACGAGGAGGAGGAGGAGGAGGACGAGGCGGCGGCCGUUCCUCCUCCUGUAACAACUGAUGUCCAGCCUGUCACCUCCACCACCACCACCACCUCCUCCGCUGCCCCAGGGGACUCUGAGGACACCCCUGCCCCAGGCACACCGCCUACAGAUGUCCACUCAACGACACUGGGGGAGGAGGAGAGGGUCGAUGAAACUUUGGAGGAGGAGGAGAAGGAGAAGGAGAAGGAGGACGUGAAGGAAGAGGAGGAGAAAAAGGAAACCAUGGAUAAGACGGAUGAAGAAAGAGAUAUAGACAAAGUACGAAAAAGACACCAGAUCACGAAAUUAGCAACAGCAAAUGCUGUUUCAGUAUCAUCACCUCACCUCCUCUUGGCCUCUCUGACUGGGAUCCUGACUCUGAGGCUGUGAGGAGGAGGAGGAGGAGGAAGAGGAGGAGGAGGACGAGGAAGUGAUCACCUCACCUCACCACUCUUGCAUUGACUGCACAUUACCUUGUUAACCCACCCUGUGGUAACAAACUGCCCCCCCUCCCCCCCAUGCAGAGCGAAAUGGGUCAAUUAAUAAUUCACACUUGUCAGAACCAAACAGCUGCACAUUUUAACAACAUCUGCAUUUUCACAACAUCUGCAUUAAGUCUGGCCUGAGAUGUGGGUCAGACGCGGUGUUCAUAAUCUCCAACCUGCCUAGAAUACAAACACACACCUAACCAGUCAUUUCUAAAUAUAUUGUUUUCAUAUUGAAGAAACAAAUUCACAUCAUGUGCUUCGACCGUAUUUUACUCGCUAUCUGAAAUAAAUGAGACAUUAAUGUGUUUGGGAAGCUUGCUGUGAUUCGCCAGAUGCAGAACGCCAUAAACUAAAAAAUGACAGUAACAUUUUCAAUGUGGUGCUUGAGCUCUGUAGAUACACUCAACUAUAUUUGCUGUUGCUUCCUUUUGUCCUAAAAACAAGUACAGUUUUAAGUUCUGUGGAAGAGAGGAACUGAAUAACGUCCGUCUCGCUCAGAUCGACUCUUCGUGUUCGUAUACCUGCAGGCCGCAGGGUGGCAUCGCUGCGUCUCUGUCUCGUAAAGAUUUACAUCUACAGAAUCAUCUCAAGUAAAAAAUAUUCCAGAAAGAUCCAGAAAAACCAAAGGAGUGGGAGAUGUGCUUAUUGUGUUUUUAGUGUUUAGCAAAUGCAGGAGAAAUGAUCGCUGAAAAGUCUCUGUGUUUUCAAACCGACGACCCUGCUUCUUCUUUGAUAUAUAGAUAUAUCUACUGUACAACGUAUAUUCUCUCAGACUAGAAGCACAACUGGACAGAGUCUUUUAAUAAUUGACAUAUCUGUGUUUCACUGUCUUAGUCAGCAGGAAAUCCCCAUAACUUCAGUUGCUAGAUAAGAAGGCUGUAAAUGUCUGUAUAUAAGAUUAAUGAUAAAAUAAAGCAUAAUUCUUCUUUUUGACAA